AUGUCCCAGCACCUGCUUCUCCCGCUUGUGAUCCUUGCCAUCAGCCCCAUCCCGGGAGCCUUCCAGGACUCAGCUCUCAGUCCUACUCAAGAAGAACCUGAAGAUCUGGACUGCGGUCGCCCCGAGCCCUCUGCCCGAAUCGUGGGGGGCUCAGACUCUCAGCCGGGCACCUGGCCGUGGCAGGUGAGCCUGCAUCAUGGCGGGGGCCACAUCUGCGGGGGCUCCCUCAUCGCCCCUUCCUGGGUCCUCUCGGCUGCUCACUGUUUCGUGACGAACGGGACCUUGGAGCCCGCGGCCGAGUGGUCGGUGGUGCUGGGCGUGCACUCGCAGGACGGGCCCCUGGACGGCGCGCACGUCCGCGCGGUGGCCGCCAUCCUGGUGCCGGACAACUACAGCAGCGUGGAACGGGGCGCCGACGUGGCCCUGCUGCGCCUGGCCUCGCCCGCCAGGCUGGGCCCCUCCGCGCGGCCCGUCUGCCUGCCCCGCGCCUCGCACCGCUUUGCUCACGGCACCGCCUGCUGGGCCACCGGCUGGGGGGACGUCCAGGAGGAGGACCCCCUGCCUCUCCCCUGGGUGCUACAAGAAGUGGAGCUCAGGUUGCUGGGAGAGGCUGCCUGUCAGUGUCUCUACAGCCGGCCUGGCCCCUUCAAUCUCACGUUCCAGCUACUGCCGGGGAUGCUCUGUGCCGGCUACCCGGAAGGCCGCAGGGACACCUGCCAGGGAGACUCUGGGGGACCCCUGGUCUGCGAGGAAGGUGGCCGAUGGUUCCAGGCAGGAAUCACCAGCUUUGGCUUUGGCUGUGGACGGAGGAACCGCCCCGGAGUCUUCACUGCUGUGGCUCCCUAUGAGGCAUGGAUAAGGGAACAGGUGUCAGGCUCAGAGCCUGGGCCUGCCUUCCCCACCCAGCCCCUGGAGGCCCAGUCAGGCCUUCCCGAGCCCAUGAAUGAGAACUGCACCAUCGCCCUGCCAGAGUGUGGGAAAGCCCGGAGGCCAGGGGCCUGGCCCUGGGAAGCCCAGGUGAUGGUCCCAGGAUCCAGACCCUGCUAUGGGGCACUGGUGUCCGAAAGCUGGGUCUUGGCACCUGCCAGUUGCUUUCCAGGUCACAUCAGCUCAGACCGCCCGCCCAGCGACCUGGACUACUGGCGCGUGCAACUGCCCUCGCGCCCGCGCGCGGAGCAGGUGGCGCGCCUCGUGCCGCACGAGAACGCCUCGUGGGACGAUGCCUCGAACCUGGCGCUGCUGCAGCUGCGCGCGCCCGUGAACCUGAGCGCGGCCCCGCGGCCAGUGUGUCUACCCCACCCAGAACACUAUUUCCUGCCAGGGAGCCGCUGCCGCCUGGCUCGCUGGGGCCGCGGGGAACCCGCGCCCGGAGCCAGCUCGCUGCUUGAGGCGGAGCUGUUGGGUGCCUGGUGGUGUCACUGCCUGUAUGGCCGCCAGGGGGCGUCAGUGCCGCCGCCGGGAGAGCCGCCUCAGGCGCUCUGCCCUGCCUACCAGGAGGAGGAGGCGGAGGGGAGCUGCUGGAACUACUCUCAUUGGAGCCUGCUGUGCCGGGAAGAGGGGACCUGGUUCCUGGCUGGAAUCAGAGACUUCCCCAGUGACUGCCUGCGUCCCAGAGUUUUCUACCCGCUGCAGACCCACGGUCCAUGGAUCAGCCAUGUGACUCGGGGGGCCUACCUGGAGGACCAGCUGGCCUGGGACUGGGGCCCUGAGGGAGAAGAGACUGAGGCACAAACUUGUCCCCCUCACACAGAGAAUGGUGCCUGUGGCCUGCGGCCAGAGCCAGCUCUGAUGGGGGUCCUGUGGCCCUGGCUGGCAGAGGUGCAUGUCGCUGGAGAGCGCGUCUGUGCUGGCAUCCUCGUAGCCCCAGGCUGGGUUCUGGCAGCCACUCACUGUGUCCUCAGGCCAGGCUCUACAACGGUGCCUUAUAUUGAAGUGUACCUGGGCCGGGCGGGGGCCAGCCCUCUCCCCCAGAGCCACCAGGUGUCCCGGUUGGUCAUCAGCAUCCGCUUGCCCCGGCACCUGGGGCUGCGGCCCCCCCUGGCCCUCCUGGAGCUGAGCUCCCGAGUGGAGCCCUCCCCAUCAGCCUUGCCCAUCUGCCUUCACCCAGGGGGUACACCCCUGGGGGCCAGUUGCUGGGUACUGGGCUGGAAGGACCCCCAAGACAGAGUCCCUGUGGCUGCUGCUGUCUCCAUCUUGAUGCCACGACUCUGUCACUGCCUCUAUCAAGGCCUUCUGCCUCCUGGGACUCUAUGUGUCCUGUAUGCAGAGGGGCAAGAGGACAGGUGUGAGGUGACCUCAGCACCUCCGCUCCUGUGCCAGACUGAGGGAGGCUCCUGGGUCCUCGUGGGCAUGGCUGUUCGAGGCAGCCGGGAGCUGUUUGCUGCCACUGGCCCUGAAGAGGCCUGGAUCUCCCAGACCGUGGGGGAGGCACCUUUCCUGCCCUCCAGCGGCUUCCCCCACUGGCUCACUGAAGGCAGCGACCUCUGUCCCCCUGACAUGGCCAGGGCCUCAGGUUCCCCACGGGCUGCUCUUUUCCUGCUGCUUCUGACCCCCCUGAUCCAGGGCUGA